GGCAAGAGAACAAUGUAAAAAAACAAAAAAAGCACCUUCCUGGGAUCCCUGCUCCUGUGAGAAAUGAUUGGAGGAAGGACAGAUGAACAAACUCAGUGACUCUCCCUCUUCACAGAUUCAGCAUCGGCACAAUCCUCGCACAACAGCGUCAACACGAUUGCUGACUCACUACCGUGUCUUUCAUGAUGGUGAAUGGGAAAUAGUGGAACGAUCACUCACCCUUCUGCAGGCCAGUGGAUUUUACUGGGGUCCUUUAUCUGUGCAUGAGGCACAUGCUAGACUGCUGCAAGAGCCGGUGGGCACCUAUCUGUUGAGAGACAGUUCUCAGGGAAAUUGCCUUUUCAGCCUCAGCGUUCGCAUGCCAUCUGGGCCAGUCAGCCUUCGGAUCUCUUUCCAGAAGGGCUACUUCUGGCUGAAGGACUGGUUUUCAGAUUGCGUGGUGAGGCUGCUGGAACUGGUAGUUGCAGGAACGAGGGCCAAACCCCUUCAUUGUGAUGAAAUGGGAGACGUUCCUCUGGUGUUUUCUGAACCCCUCUGCAGGGAGCGCAGAAUUGUACCUAAACUCCAGGAGCUUUGCCAGCAGGUCCUGUUUGCUUCCAGCGGGCCUGGGGACAGCAGUUCUUGGAGUCUUCCACCUAGCUGCCAAAAGGGGAACACCAGCCUGUGUAUGGCAGUUAAAAAUAUGGACAUGUCUAUAGAGUCGGUACAUUAACUGAAUAGGCCUUUGUUUUCAUAGCUGCUGUUUUAA